AUGGGGUUAAAAAUUUCAUGUCCAUUGCUGAGCAUAUUGAUUAUCUCACUUGAGUCAACUUCUACCCUUAAUGGCAUAAUAUUGUUAUUCACUGUGCCUUACCAAUCAACUUUUACUCUCAGGUACAUGCUUACAGCUCAAGUCCUCCAUCUCUUGAAGAUGCCUGCAUUUUCACGCGCUCCUGAAGAAGCAUGUUUUUCUAAGGAAAAGCGGCAGAUCUUGAAUGAGAAUUUUCGACAAAAAGUUAAAAGGAUAGAGCUUGUUAUAUACAGAAGUAUAAACGUUUACAACACUUUAAAACACAGUAACUUGUCUCAACAUUCAGUAAAGAAGUAUUUUACCAAAGUACUGAAAUCCAGUGUAGCUUCUUCUAGUCAACCUAACCAGGAAGCAAAUGUCCACCAUUCAGAAGUUACAACACUAAUCAAGGUGGGGGUGAAGUAUUUUCAACUAUUGGGUUUAAGAGUUAGCAGAAAAAAGAAGAAUCUUGGAAAACAUAUUGGUCUACCGAACAGCCCACAUAGCCAGUCAAAAAAGAAAUGUCAAGAUUUAUUGCGGGUACAACAGUCUAUUCAUUUUGCACUUGAGAUGCAAUUUAGUCAAUUUAAGCAUGCAUAUUGGGUCCGGUUAAGUGCUUCAGUUGAUGUAGUAAAACUUCUUAUAACUCAAGGAUUGGCAUUUCGAGAUCAUGAUGAAUCUAAAUCAUCACUUAGUAGGGUUGAUGAGUCUUUUGAUGUGUCACGCAAGGAGCAAAUGGCUAUUGUCUUACGAUAUAUUGAUAGAAAUGGAUUUGUGAUGGAGCGGCUUCUUGACAUUGUUCAUGUUCAAGAUACUAGUGCUUUAUCUCUAAAGAGGGCAAUUGCUAAUUUACUUGCUCAACAUUCCUUAAGUCUAUCAUAUGUGUGUGGACAAUGUUACGAUAGGGCAAGCAAUAUGCAAGGUGAGAUCUAUGGCCUUAAAAUGUUGAUUAGAAUUCAAGAGGCAUUAGAUUUGGGUGAGCUUACAACCAGUAGAGGCUUGAAUCAAGAACUCGAUCUUUCAAGAGCUUGUGAUACGCGUUGGGGAUCUCAUUUUAAAUCUUUCAACAAUUUUAUUCUUAUGUUUGGCUCUAUUCUUAAUGUUCUUGAAUCACUUGUUCUUGAUGCACGAUUAUUGGAUGACAGAGCCAAGACAAUGGGAUAUCUUGAAGCUUGUCGAACAUAUGAGGUUGCGUUCAUGUUGCAUUUGAUGAGUGAUGUUUUAGCAAUCACAAAUGAGCUUAAUAAAUGCUUACAAAAAAAGGAGCAAGAUUUGGCAAAUGCCAUGCUACUUGUUGAAGUAGCAAAAAUAAGGUUGCAAGCGUAUAGGGAUGAAGAAUGGGAUUCUCUUAUUGCUAGGGUGUCUUUAUUUUGUAUCAAGCAUGACAUUUUGGUACCUAACUUUGAGGAGCCAUAUGUUAGCUCUUUAAGAUCACAAAGGAGACUUGGUGACAAUAAAGUCUCACAUCAUUAUCGUGUUGAGGUAUUUUGCAAUAUUAUUGAUUGGCAACUUCAAGAACUUAAAGAUCAUUUUGGCGAAGCGACGACUGAUUUUCUUCAUGGAAUUUCUUGUUUGAAUCCAAUUGACUCAUUUUCAAGUUUUGACAUCAGGAAAUUAAUGAAAAUGGCUAAAUUAUAUCCUGAUGACUUUAAUGAAUUCAAUAUAGGUUCUCUUGAGAAUCAACUUGCAAGUUACAUUAUUGAUGUUCGUGAUGUUGAUGAAAGGUUCUCCAAUCUAAAAGGGCUUUGUGAUCUUUCAAAAAAAAUUAGUACAAACAAAGAAGCAUUCAAAUUAUCCUCUUGUAUCCCGCUUAGUGAAACUUGCUUUGUUUCUGCCGAUUGCCACAACAUCCAUUGA